ACAUUUUGCCGACGUCACGAUUACGUGCCAAAAGCCUCGACAUAUGACGAAACAGAAACCGCUUCCGGUCUCUAGUGCGUUUCAGCGAGUCAAGAUCACACACCACCAGUGCAGUCCUUUGCCAGAGUAGUUCCUAACGAACUAUCACAAGGAAGUUAUUCAAGAUGACAGACGCUGAUAAUUAUAAUGAAUCCAAGUUCAUGCGGAAAGCGAAGGAGAAUCCAUUUGUCCCAGUUGGAAUGGCUGGGUUCUUUGCCAUUGUCGGGUACAGACUUUAUAAAAUGAAAAGUCGCGGGGAUACCAAGAUGUCCGUGCACCUGAUCCACAUGCGUGUAAUGGCCCAGGGCUUCGUGGUGGGAGCCAUGACUAUCGGUGUCAUUUACUCGAUGUACAGAGAUUUUGUGGUGAAGCCCAGAGAAGCACAAAAAGCCCUGGAACCCAAGUGAACUCUCUUCUAAUAUUUAUUGUUUUUAUUAUCCCUUUAAUAUUACAUCCUAUUAAGGUGUUUGAAAUGUUUUUUUUUAUAGAGAUCAUACAUUGUAUAUGCACCUUCCACAGCUCACCUCUGCUGUAAAUAGUCAUGCUAUACCAUUAUCUAUGGAUUUGAUAGUGGUUCCUAUCAAUCACAGCCUAUAUUAUAAGAUACAAUAUAAGAUAUCCCCUCAGUAUUCAGAAACGGGUUUUGGAAAAUUGAUCAUGAAGGCUGCCUGAGGAUGACAUCCGAAGUAGAAUGUGUUAUUUCAUAUUCACAAGCAAUUUGGAAAGUUGUUUAAUGCCACUACCUGUGAAUAUGUAACUACAUGAUCAGAUGUUCUUUAUGACAUGACUGCAUUUUGCACGUAGUCUGAUUCACAUUUAUUAUUUAAUUGUCUCACCAGCCGGCAAUGAGCAGUAUCCUGCCAAAGUAAUAUAUUUAUUGUUGAUGAAUUUUUUUUUUUUGCCAAACUAAACACGGUUGAACAUUUGUAUUUUGACAAUUUUUUUGUGAUCGCGGUGACAGUUGGGUCUCUUAAAGGCACCCAGUGCAACUUUCGAGGCUUAAAAAUAAACAUUCAAUUUCUAGUCUUUUUUACACGUAGUAAGUUUCAAUAACUCCAUACCAUUACAUACCGACAUUUAAGCAGCAAAGAUGAGACGUCGUUGUGUGGUGAGAACUGAUACAAAAUCGAUAACAACAACAAUGCCGCCAUUUUCUUUAUUUUUUGUAACCUACAAUAAAUAAAGCAGGCUUCCAGUCAAUGGAAAAAUGGCUUCUCCCCACCGGCGAUUGUUGUUGUUUACGAUUUUCUAUCAGUUCUCACCACACAACGACGUCUCAUCUUUGCUCCUUGAAUGUCGAUAUGUAAUGGUAUGGAGUUAUUGAAACUUACUACGUGUAAAAAAGACUAGAAAUUGAAUGUUUAUUUUUCAUUGAAUGUUUACAUAAAGUUGCACUGGGUGCCUUUAAUUAAACCUUGGCUGAAGGUACGAAACUCAAAAUACCAAACAAAUCAUUGACAUAUUUUUUUCCUUUUGGAAUAUUUAGUUUCAGAGUCAUAAUAAACAGACUUGUGGAUCAUUA